GUAAGAUUUAAUAUGCACUAGUGAAAGCAGCAGUGAUAGUUUCCUUGUAGAUUUAAUGCACGUUUGGCUUAAACAAGAAGCUGAACCCAGUGGAUCUCUGUUCCAUGAAUCCUUAUUUUUCACACUAACUAUAGGUUCAAGUCAACGUUUCCUUUUCAAAAUCCCUUCUUUUUUUUGGUAGGGAUUGAACAUUGAAAUCUGAAGGAAAUGAGUUCAAAGCUGCAAGAUUCCCAUGUUAAGAACUAGCAAAUAAAAAAAAUUGGGAAUUGUGGAAUUUGGUCCUCUAAGUCUUUAUCACAAUAGUGAACGAUGCUGGAGAAGGAAAAUCUGGAGGAUCCCUCUGAUGAAGUUUUGGAAGAAAAUGAACCCAGAAAGGGGGUUUGUAACUGUCUCUGCGUUCCAGUCCAUUGGUUCAGAAUGCUUUCAAGGGAAACACAUUGGAGUUUUGUAUUUGGGGUGAUAGUUGUUUAUGGUGUAAGUCAAGGACUUGGUGGAGCUCUUUCUGGCGUUGCCACUAAGUAUUACAUGAAGGAUGUUCAACAGGUUCAGCCAUCUGAAGCACAGGUUUAUGUAGGAAUUACAUACAUUCCUUGGAUUGUCAAGCCUCUCUGGGGGCUUCUCACUGAUGUUCUCCCAAUAUUUGGAUAUCGCAGGCGACCUUAUUUCGUUUUUGCUGGAUUCAUAGGAGUGAUUGGCAUGCUUUUGUUGGCUUUGCACGAAAACUUGCAUCUUUUGUUGGCCCUUUUGUCAUUAACAGCUGGAAGUGCUGGGGUGGCUAUAGCUGACGUGACCGUUGAUGCCUGUAUAGCACAGAACAGUAUCUCUCACCCUUCACUUGCUGCUGACAUGCAAACUUUAUGUGCCUUCAGUAGUUCUGUUGGAGCAUUAAUAGGUUUCUCCAUUAGUGGUAUCUUUGUUCACCUUAUAGGCCCUAUGGGCGUGUUUGGUUUGAUGACAAUCCCAGCCGGACUUGUAAUUGUUGUCGGUUUUGUGCUUGAUGAGCCUCAUAUGCCUAACUUUGCUUACAAACAGGUGAACCAAAAGUUUCUUGAUGCUGCCAAAGCUAUGUGGACGACAUUGAAAAGCGAAGAUGUAUGGAGGCCUUGUUUAUACAUGUAUUUAUCCUUUGCGUUGAGUUUGAAUAUUCUUGAAGGAAUGUUCUAUUGGUAUACAGACUCAAAGGCUGGGCCGUCUUUCUCUCAGGAGACUAUCGGUUUUAUAUUUUCAAUUGGUUCAGUGGGGUCCCUUUUUGGUGCAAUACUAUACCAGUAUGCUUUAAAGGAUUAUGCAUUCAGAGACUUGCUUUUCUGGACUCAGUUAAUUUAUAGUUUGUCAGGCAUGCUAGAUCUGAUUAUGGUCAAGCGAUUGAACCUUAAGUUUGGUAUACCAGAUUAUGUCUUUGUUGUGGUUGUUGAGAGUGUAGCUCAACUGACUAUUAGACUCAAGUGGAUGCCUAUGCUUGUACUCAGCUCAAAGCUUUGCCCCUCAGGUAUUGAAGGCACUUUCUUUGCACUACUAAUGUCAAUUGAUAAUCUUGGACUUCUAUCAGCAUCAUGGGGAGGUGGCUUUUUACUCCACAUGCUAAAGAUUACACGGACAGAGUUUGAUAAUCUUUGGUUUGCUAUUUUGAUUCGGAACAUUUUAAGAAUCACUCCACUUUGCCUGCUGUUUUUGGUACCUAAAGUUGAUCCAAACUCUUCCAUACUUGCAAGCCAAAGCUUGACUUCACAUGUGGCCAUUGACUCUUCAGAAACGGAGAAUAUUGAAUUGGUGUCCCUUGUAAACAAUGUUGAUGGUAACUAGCCAAGAAAAAACCUUUCUUUCAGAUUCUCAAUUUCAAAUACGCAAAAACUAUCAAAGCAAUGUUACUUUAAAUUGUGCAGAGAUAGGACACAAGAAA